CUAUCAUCCCCUCUUCAUUUUCCUCAAGCCAGCCUAAAAACCAAACAAAACACUCAUCUCAAACAUACAUUUAAAAAAUCCAUUAACCAUGGCCUCAAUGCAAUGCUACAAAGCAGAAGGUAAGGAGUUUGAUUGCUAUAGCCAUGAGAAAUCCUCAUGCACUUACCAAAAACCAACUAACUACUCGAACUCUGGUCACCAACAAUCUUACUACGAGAAAGAAAGGUGUUACGAAACCAACCCUGGAAUGACUGGUUAUGGUACUAGCCACGGCCAUCAACAUGAACUAGGUAACGGAUAUGGUAGCACUAACCCAUGUGGGCCAAUGAUGGGCCAUGGAUCAGACCAUGGUAAAAUGGGCUACGGCUCGGGCCACAACACUCAUGGAAUGAUGGGCUAUGGCACGGGCCACAACACUCACAUGCAGAAACCUGGGUUCAGCGGAAUGGGCUCGGGCGCUUUGGGCCAUGUUAUGGGCUUUGGAAAGAAACAUGAGGGACAUGGACAUGGACAUGGUGGCUAUGGAAUGGGGGCAGCUUCUGGUUGCACCACCACUUACAAGAAACAACACCAUAGGAGAAAGGGCAAGGGUGGUUACGGUAGCGGCAGUGGCAGCGACUGUAGCGACAGCAGCGACGAUGAACGUCGCUGCUAAAUAACUAUAGGUUUGGUAAGUAGCGGCCUGGCUUAUGAGAAGGAAGAGAGUGAAGUUCCUAGUACUAACUAGGGAGUAUAUGACAUUAAUAAAUAAGAAGCAGGUUUUAGCCAUGGCUAGCUAUUGAGUAUUGACUACUGAAGUUAUGAACCUAUGGAACUUGAGAAUUUGUGUUUGUGUGGUGGUGUAUUACGUGCUAAUAAUGUAACUGCUUAUUCCCUUUGGAAAUAAAUCUAUGAGAAAAUAACCCAAAAAAGGUCUUCUGGUGUGUUA